AAGGGCACCCACCCAGCCCUGCCAGGAGGGAUGACGUCUUUCCGGAUCGGGACAUGAAGAGAGCUGACAUGACAGCUGAAGAUCCAUCAGAGGUCAUAUCUCGGUAUUGGAGGCUCUGUUAGGUUUCGCAGACCCUGAUGACCGUUCUGUGUGAUGGCAAUAUCGUUGGGGCCAAAAACUUCUGGUACGCUGGCGCUUUUGUAUCCAGGCUGGCAGGAUAUACAGUGCAUGUUAUAGCACAGAGCGUGGAAAUUCUCCGAUGUUUGCAUCCUCAUGACCGGGGCUGCAUUCCUUGCCGUUUUCUAAGCCAAAGAAUAGCAACGCUGAUCAGUCCCCGUUUCUCCCCUUUUGCGCAGGACGAAACCCGAAGGUCGCGGCUGGAGAAAGAAAACCAUCGAGCUCCCGCGAGAAUCCUCAGCUCGGAGACGGACAAGGCCCCCUGGUCAAACCGUUGCCCAGGACAUGAGCUCCAGUUGUUCUCUGACGCAAUGCCCCCCCAAAAUCUUGGACGACCUUUUCGAGACGAUCGUAUCGAGGCUCUUUUGCGUCAUAACUGUCAGGAAGUUGUAGUGUAUAAAACCCUUUGUCGCGAUGCCGCCGUUGAGUCCAGGUCACCCUGGUGACUGUAGGGAGGAAGAGGUUGAAGGUCCCUUCAACCAACUCACCAGGGGUGAGCUCCUGAGCAUGCAUUCUGCCGCAGUUGAUUAGCCAUCCUUGCGAGUGUCUGUGCAUCAUCAUGCUCGACAGAACGACGGGAGCAGCGCUUCACUGGCAAGCUUCUGAGAGUUGGAAGCUCGACGUUUAAC